AUGCGCCAGCACUUGCCUGGCUUGGUGCUCCUCCUGGUCGCGUGCGGCGACGCCGCCCUCGGGCUUGACGAGCCCAGCCGGUGCCUCCCUGCCUGGGGCGGCGCCGGCGGCGCGGGCUGCCCGGCCUCGGAGCCGGAGGAGGAGGCCGAGGAGGCGGAGGCGCUGCGGCUGCUGCUGGUGCAGGGCCCGGUGCGGGCUGCGCGCGGUGGCACCAAGAGCUCGGGAGCGCGCUGGCGGACGCUCAUAACCGUCCGGCUUGCCCUGGGCGUGGCGCGCGCUCUGCUGGACGCGGUGCCCGCGCAGUCUGGCGCCGCGCAGUGCCGGCUCUGCGGCGCUGCCCGGGGGCUGCCGAUGGAGCAGGCGCUGCUCGGCUCCGCGGCGGGGGGGGAGGGCAGACUCGACCUGCGCGGUUGCGCGUACCUGGCUGGGCUGGUGUUGACCUGGGUGGCGCAGUCGGAAGUGUGCCAGCUGGUUCAGGUGGAGCACUACAACAAGCCCAUGGCCAUCACAUGGUUCAACCACUCGGUGGGUGUGCUGGUGUUCCCCCUGACUCUGCUCGGCGGCGGCAGCGCUGCCGAGAGCAUGGCGAGGCUGAGGAAAGCGAUGCCUGGCGGCCUCCUGCCCCUGAACGCCGUCUGGCUAUCUUGUGUGUUCUUGCUGGCCGACUGGCUGUGGUACGUGGGUCUGCCGCACACGUCGGUUGCCACGGGGACCACGAUCUUCAAUACCUCUGGCUGCUGGGUCGCUGUGCUUCAGCUGCUGCUGGGCGAGCCUCAAUGUUCGGCCAGGCAUGUGUUGGCGAUGGCCGCCACCAUGCUGGGCGUAUUCGUGGUCAGCAGGGAUCCAGGGUCGGACAAGGCGUCGCUCCACCCAGGUUCGCGCGGCGAGCAGAUGGUGGGCAACGCCUUCGUGAUGCUCGCUGCGAUGGGGUACGCAGUCUAUGAGGUGUUCUUCGACAGGGCGCUGAAAGUGGAUGGCCUCGACGUCCUGACCACCAACCUCUUCUUGUCGCUCGUGUCUGCAGCCAACCUGGCCCUCCUCUGGCCUGCCACCCUGCUGCUCGGGAUCAGCGCCGCGCGGGGGCCUCUCGCGGAGGUGCCCGAGCUGCCCUCGGGCGCUGCCAUCCGGGGCCUGUGCGUGAACGCCGCGCUCGCCACCACGUUCAACCUGUUCCUGGGCCUGGCAGUGGUGCGGACCUCCCCGCUGCUGACCGCUGUGGCGUGCGCGCUGACAAUCCCGACAGCCCUCGUCGUCGAUUCAGUUUUCCACGGGGACAGCUUCGACGAAACCGGGCUCGCCGGCUCGGCGCUCAUAGUGGGCGGCUUUCUCGCCCUCGCGACGGUCAAGGCCCUCCGCACCCUGCUGCCAGGAAGGGUCGAGCUGCGCUCUGCCUCGGCCGGCGACCGGCUGGCGCACCCCGGCGUGGCCCGCCGUGGCCCGUCUCGGCGCGCCUGCCUGGCCUGGGGAGGGGUUGGCCGGAGACAAGUACGAACGAUGUACACGAUCCAACGCAACAGUACACCAAUGUGCCACGUCCGCAUCCAGAAGUUCGAGGUGGGCAAUCUGGAUACAUACCAGGCUUGGGUCAAGACCCAGUCAGCGUGCGCCGAGCAGAUGGAGACGGCAUUGGCCGAGGCGGACGCGGAGUAUGCCACCAUCGUAUCGGAGGUUGCGGGGAGAGUCAGUAAGGAUGGAGUUUGCAAGGAUGGUGAUUGUGAGCGGCACGCAGCAGGCCCCGUGGCCCUCGCCGGCGGCGCGCCGCCGCGCGCCGCGGGCGGCGCGCCCGUCGCCCUGGGCGCCGCCCUGGCAUUCGUGGCCGCGGCCGCCUGCGCGGUGCAGCUGACGGGGCUCCUGUGCCAGGAUCCCGCGCUGGCCGAAGGGGGGGAGCACGACUGCGGCACCCCCGUCGCGCCAGAGGAGCAGCAGGCCGCCGCGCCGCCCGCAGCGGCCCCCGGCGCGCCCGCCCGCGGCGCUGCUGGCCUCGGGCGCUGGGCCUGCGCCAGCCCGGGGCCCUCCUGCCAGAGCCUCGGGCCGCCGCCCUUGGCGGCCACACCCGCGGCGAGCCUGCCGCGCCUGCCGCCGGCGCCGAGGGCGUCCGCCGUGGCCGCCGGCGGCGGCCCGCGGCCGUCCCUGCCGCCGGCCUCGGGGGCGGCCGGCGGCAGCCCGCGGCAGUCGGUGGCGGCUCUGGGCGGGCCGCGGCGCUCCGCGGCGCCCGCGAUGGCCCGCGGCGGCCCGCGGCAGGGGGCCGUGCCGGGGCCGUUGUGGGCCUCGGCCACGGCGCAGCGCGGCCCGCAAGAGGAGUCUGCGAUGCGCUCCAACGCUGAGCUCGCCGACGCCCGACGUGAGGCGCGUGCCAGCGCCGGCGGCGUCGCGCUGCCAGGGCCCCUGUGCCCGGCGCUGAUCGUGCCGCAGGACCAGGCCGAUUUCUCGGUCUCGGUGGGCGCGCUGCUCGCGCUCGCCUCGCGGCCCGGCGAGUCGGUGGAGGUCCUCGGCCCGGGCGGGCGCCCGCUGCUCCACGCCCGCUCCGGCGGCACCGAGGGCAGCGCCCUCCAGUGGCUCGAGCUCGUGACCACCCCCGCCUCGCCGUACCCGCACGCGCGUGCGGGCCCGCUGGGCGCCGGCGCGCACCAGCACGGGACUGUCGAGAUAGCGGGGCCUCAGGUCUCCAGCGACCUGAUUUGGUCGACUGGCGGUGUUCCCUCGAUGUCCGACUCUGGCUGGAAUGGCGGCACCUACGCGAAGACCCUGGCGACAUCUACACGAAUGGCCUUCUUCUCUGAGCCUGAGAAUAUUAUGUUCUGCCUAUGCCCCAUGGCGGAGCUGGACGGGGCCUUCGCGUGGAAGCCGCAGGUGCUCUCCGAGGAGGUGGCCGGCAGCGACGGCGACGAGCCCCGGCCGGUCGUGGCCACGCCGGAGCACGUGUCUCCGGUCGUGUGGCCGCCGCAGUCCCCCGACGCGCUCGGCAUGCAGCGGCCCGGCGCGGUGGCGUCCAGCGUCGCCGCAGCCGCCGGCAACAGCAUCGAGGCGAGGGGUCGUUUCCGCAAGAAGGCUGGCAACAGGGGCGACGACAAGGCGGCAGCUGCCGGCGACGCCGCCCCGCUGGCCGCCGCUGCCGCCAAGGCCGUGGCGCAGCAGGCCCCCCGCGCGCAGAAGCGGGAGGACGGCUGGCUGCCAAAGGCGGAGUACGAGGCAAAGAAGCGCGAGGAGCGCGCGCGGAGGCAGCGCGAGAGGGAGCAGGCCUCCGCGGCGGGCGGCAAGGGCGCCGCCUCGCGCAGCGGUCGUGCCAGCAACACGCUGUGGGAGGGCCUUCCAAAGCGGCCAGAUCCGCCCAAGGACACGCCCGAGGCGCGCAGGCAGCGCGAGGAGGAGGAGGCGCAGCUGCGGGCGCGCGACAUGCUGCGGGGUGCCACCUCGGCGGAGGAGAUGCGCGCCGCCAUCGACGCGGCGCGGGAGCUGGGGCUCGUGGAGGAGGUGAGAUUGGGCGAGCGGAAGCUCGCGAAGAUGGAUGUCGCAUCAUAA